CAUGAGAAGGACCCGCCUGCAGAGCUUAAAGCUCUCCCUCAGAGAAAAGCAGACCACUUGGAAGCGGAUACCUCAUCCCAGCCAACGAGACAGGACGAAAAUGGGACUCUUAACAUACGCAAUCGGUGCAACAGCGAUGGCUGCGGGAGGAGCCACAACAGUUAUUGCGGCUCCUUUGAUUCUUGGCGCAGUGGGUUUCACUGGUGCAGGAAUUGCUGCCAGUUCUUUUGCCUCCUCCAUGAUGUCAGCUGCAGCUGUGGCUAACGGAGGAGGGGUCGUAGCUGGAUCUGUGGUAGCGGUUCUUCAAUCUGCAGGUGCUGCUGGUAUCCCCCUCGCAGCUCAGACUGUGAUCGGGGCUGUCGGGAGUGGCGCGGGAGGCGUUCUGGCUGCGAUCCUGAUUUGAUGUGCAUGCAGGAGCCGUGUCGAUGUGCUAAAUAAUCUAUCUUAAUCUUAAUUUAGAUGAUCUUAGUAUUUGUAAUAGAUCAGUUUGACUUACUAGUAAUUUAAUGCCAAACAUAAAAAUAAUUACAUUGAUUGUUACUGCAAUUUUUAAUUGAAUCAGUUCAAAUUAUUCAAAUAAAAUACUUCCUAUCAUACAGUAUCGUCUCUUGUGGAU